UCGCACUCAUGUUUCAUGUUGUUGAAUUCACGAUCAGUCCUUACUCUCCUUUACGACCUGCUGCUCCUGUUUCCUCGCCCAGUUGCUAUCCCUCUGUGCUGCGAUGUCUGUCCCAGCAACAGAACGAGCAGAAAGGGCUUCAGACGAUCUGAUUUUCUACGUGAACGGCAAAAGGGUAGUGGAGAAGAAUGCCGACCCUGAGCAGACAUUGCUGCCUUAUCUACGGAAGAUACUCCGUCUUACAGGUACCAAGUAUGGCUGUGGUGGAGGCGGAUGUGGUGCAUGCACUGUGAUGAUCUCAAGAUAUGAGCCUGUCGCUAAGAAGAUUGUUCAUUAUUCAGCCAAUGCAUGCUUGAUUCCCAUAUGUUCAUUGCAUGGCAGUGCAGUCAUCACUGUAGAAGGAAUUGGAAAUACAGAAACCAGGAUUCAUCCAGUUCAGGAACGGAUUGCUAAAAGUCAUGGCUCUCAGUGUGGCUUCUGCACCCCUGGAAUGGUGAUGUCGAUCUACUCUUUGCUGCGCAACCAGAUGGAACCCACGUCGGAUGAAAUGAUGGAAGCUCUCGCUGGUAAUUUAUGUCGCUGCACAGGUUACAGACCUAUUAUUGACUGUUGUAAAACCUUCUGUAAGGAAUCCUCUUGUUGCCAAAAUAAAGUUUCUGGGGAUUGUUGCUUGAAUCAAAAAGAUUAUUUACCUUCACCAACUAAUGAAAAAAAGAUUUGUACAACACUAUUUUCUGCAGAAGAAUUCCAGCCAUUGGAUCCCACUCAAGAACUAAUAUUUCCACCAGAACUCAUAAAAAUGGCUGAAGAUCAGACACCACAAACUCUUGUUUACCAUGGAGAAAGGACUGCGUGGAUUUCUCCUGUAAAUCUAAAUGAACUUCUGGAACUGAAAGCCAAGCACCCCCAGGCACCUCUUGUAGUGGGCAAUACUGCUGUGGGACCUGAUAUGAAAUUUAAAGGUGUAUUUCAUCCACUUAUCAUCUCGCCCACUAGAAUAUUGGAUCUGUAUGUUGUGGAACGCACAGAAGAUGGACUAAUUCUAGGAGCUGCGUGUAGCCUGACUGCAGUGAAAAACAUCCUGACAGAUGCGGUCUCAAAACUUUCAGCAGAGAAAACCAAGAUAUUCUCUGCUCUUUUGCAACAAUUAAAAACUCUGGGUGGACAGCAGAUCCGAAAUGUGGCUUCCUUUGGAGGAAAUAUCAUAAGCAGAAGUUCAACAUCUGACAUCAAUCCCAUUCUAGCAGUUAGCAACUGUAUCCUCAAUGUGGCAUCGCAAGGGAGGCUGCGACAGAUUCCUUUCAGUGACCUUUUUGCUGAUGGACUUGGAAACAAUACCCUGGAACCAGAGGAGAUCCUAGUGUCUGUUAAAAUCCCACAUUCCAGGAAGGGUGAGUUUGUCGCAGCGUUUCGACAAGCUCCGAGGCGGGAAAAUGCUUUACCUAUUGUUACAGCAGGGAUGAGGGUUGCCUUUGAAGAAGACUGCAACAUCAUUAGGGACUUGCACAUCUGUUACGGAGGUGUUGGCUUCACUACAGUUGCCGCCAAGCAAACAUGCCAGGCGCUCAUUGGAAGACCUUGGGAUGGGCAGAUGCUGGAUGAAGCUUGCAGAGCGGUCCUCAAAGAAAUUAUUCUCCCAAGUUCAGCUCCAGGUGGUAAAGUGGAGUACAGAAGAACUCUCAUUGUCAGUUUCAUCUUCAAAUUCUACUUGGAGGUGUUGCAGUCACUGAAGAUAAUGUAUCCUACUCAAUAUCCUGAUAUCCCAGAUAAUUAUGCAAGUGCCCUUGAAAGUUUCCAUACAAAAAUGCCACAGAGCAUGCAAAAGUAUCAGGAUGUGGAGCCAGGACAGCUUCCUCAAGAUCCCGUAGGACGUCCAGUCAUGCACCAGGCCGGUACUAAACAUGCCACAGGGGAAGCUAUUUAUUGUGAUGACAUUCGCACCGUUGAUGAAGAACUCUUCUUGGCUUUAGUAACCAGUUCUAAACCCCAUGCAAAUAUUGUAUCUAUUGAUUCUUCAGAAGCUCUCAAGGUGUCAGGGGUAGUUGAUAUCAUUUCUGUUCAGGAUGUCCCAGCGACUAAUGAGUUCUACAACUAUGAUGUCCCAGAUAUUGUGUUUGCCAGAGAAAAGGUGACUUGUGUGGGUCAGAUUGUCUGUGCAGUGGUAGCAGAUUCAGAUGUUCAUGCUAAACAAGCAGCUGCAAAAGUGAAAAUACAGUAUGAACUUCAAGAACCUGUGAUCCUGACCAUUGAGGAGGCAAUAGAGCACAAUUCAUUCUUUGAACCACAGAGAAAACUGGAACGAGGAAAUGUGGAGGAAGCAUUUAAAGUCGCCGACCAUGUACUUGAAGGCGAGAUCCAUGUUGGCGGACAGGAGCACUUUUAUAUGGAGACUCAGAGCAUUCUUGCUGUUCCAACAGGAGAGGAUAAAGAAAUGAACUUGUUUGUGUCCACCCAGCAUCCAGCAUUUGUACAGGAAAUGGUGGCCUCCUGUUUAGGCAUCUCAAGCAACAGGAUCAUGUGUCAUGUGAAACGAAUCGGAGGGGCUUUUGGUGGAAAACUGUUGAAAACAAGUCUUCUGGCAUGUGUUGUUGCUGUGGCAGCUAAGAAGACAGGCCAUGCAGUUCGCUGUGUUCUAGACAGAAGCACUGACAUGUUAAUCACCGGAGGCCGUCACCCAACCAUCGGCAAGUAUAAAGUUGGCUUCAUGAGUGAUGGCAGAAUCAUGGCUUUGGAUAUCAAUUUGUACUUGAAUGGAGGAUGCACCACUGAUGAUUCUGUUCUGGUUUCGGAGAUAAUGCUGCUGAAACUGAAUAAUUCUUACAAGAUUCCCAAUAUCCGAGCUCACGCCCGCGCUUGCAAGACAAACAUGCCACCCAACACUGCUUUCCGUGGCUUUGGCUUCCCACAAGGAGGACUCAUUACAGAAGCCUGGAUAACGCGCGUUGCAGCCAGAUGCGGAUUAUUACCAGAGCAGAUUAGAGAAAAAAAUAUGUACAAAGAAACCGGACAGACAGCUUAUAAACAAGAGCUCAACCCAGAGAACCUCCUCAGAUGCUGGGAUGAAUGCAUGGAGAAGUCUAUGUAUCACACCAGGAAAGAAGCUGUGAAUAAAUUCAAUAAGGAAAAUUACUGGAAGAAAAAAGGGAUUGCCAUUAUUCCCAUGACGUUCCCUGUUGGAUUUGGCUUACGCUCCCUAGGUCAGGCCGCUGCUCUGGUUCAUUUGUAUACUGAUGGGUCCGUGCUUCUGACUUACGGUGGUGUAGAAAUGGGGCAAGGGCUCCACACCAAAAUGAUCCAGGUUGCAAGCCGAGAAUUAAAGAUGCCAAUGUCAAAUAUUCACUUCUGUGAAACAAGUACACAGACAGUCCCUAAUGCAUGUGCUUCAGUUGGAUCAAUGGGAACGGAUGUCAAUGGAAUGGCAGUGAAGGAUGCCUGCCAGACCCUCCGGAAACAUCUUGAGCCCAUCAUUAGACAGAACCCUAAGGGCACAUGGAAAGAGUGGGCCAAAGAAGCUUUUGAGCAGAGUAUCAAUCUGUCAGCGAUAGGUUAUUUCAGAGGUUAUGAAGCAAACAUGGACUGGGAGAAAGGGGAAGGCCACCCAUUUGAAUAUUUUGUUUUUGGAGCCGCCUGCGCAGAGGUUGAAAUAGACUGUCUGACUGGAGACCACAAGAAUGUCAAAACAGAUAUUGUUAUGGACAUUGGAUGCAGCAUUAAUCCGGCAAUGGAUAUAGGUCAGAUUGAAGGUGCCUUUGUCCAGGGCCUUGGACUUUACACAACAGAGGAACUCAAAUAUUCCCCAGAGGGAGUCCUCUACACACGGGGCCCAGAUCAGUAUAAAAUCCCUGCUGUUUGUGACAUUCCAGAACAGAUUAGUGUCUCCUUGUUGGCAUCUAGCCAAAACCCAACAGCGAUCUACUCAUCCAAGGGUCUUGGUGAAGCGGCACUUUUCUUGGGGAGCUCUGUAUUUUUUGCAAUAUGGGAUGCAGUGGCUGCUGCCAGGAAGGAAAGAGGAUUGCCAUCAGUCUUUGUGUUGAACAGCCCCUUGACUCCUGAACGAGUGCGAAUGGCCUGUGAUGACCAGUUUACGGAGAUGAUCCCAAAGGAUGAAAAAAGCAAGUCCACUGUUCCGUGGGAAAUCUCCCUUUGAAGAAGAACCAGGAAUGUGCAGAAAGUGCCAUGAAGUGCUAACUUCUUCAAGUCAACAUCUUCCAGUGCUUUAUCAACAAAUGCAGUUCAUUUUAGUUCAGUAGUUGCUUUCUUGUGGGGAAUUAUAUUGCAGGCUUCAUAUUCAUUUACAUGAGAGUCUCCUACCAUUUUCACACUUUUUGGUAUUAGGCUGCUACAGUUCAAGGCCUAACCAUUUGGUGGUUGUUUCUAUCUGCCUUUGCUAAGUUCCUAGUGCUCCGUCUCCUUCAUGGAGCCCCCUCAGCAGAUCCAGGGGUCUCCUGCCUCUCUUAACUCAUUUGCCAGUCUACUCUCCCUCCUCUCCCAGGGUCCUAUUUCACCAUCCCCUCCUUUUUUUGGCUACUAAGUUUCCUACAACCUCUAACUACCUUUCCAUCCGUCUUCUGCCUCUUUCACACCUCUUUCCCUCAGUUUUUCAAGGUAUUACUAAAUGUUACAGAAAAACAUGUGCCAGCCACUAGACAUAGCAAUCAUGUACAGAGUUCCCCCAACCUCAGGCAAUAUCUAAUUCACCUUCCCCGACAUAGUGAGCCUGAGAUGCUUUGGACUACAUCUCCCAUCAUUCCUGACCAUUGGUUAUAAUGGCUGGAGCUGAAGGGACUUGGGAGUCCAACAACAUCUAGGUUGGCGAAGGCUGAUGGUAGCCGAACUUGCCUUGCAUCCUCCUCGUCUCAUUAUGCUGUGUGUUUCCCUGUUCCCACAUGCCAGGAUUGGCUGCCACUGAGCAUCUGCCUACUGCUGCUGUUGUCUUUGAAGUGCGAAUCUCAAAUUGAUCCACUUUAUUUACUUUGAACAAGGUCUGUGGUAAAAUAAAUCUUGAGCUGGUUUUGGCUUUAGGAAAUCUACUGUGCAGUGGUGUGCAUGAAAGAUUGCUCGGGGCAUCAGACAACAUCCUCAGGGUGUGAGACAGCAUUGUUUAAUGACUGCUGACUGUUAAACAGUACAAGGUGCAUGCCAGAAAGAGUCCCUUUGUGCAUCUUAGACGUCUGGUGCAUGCAUUAUCUCCUGCGACGGUUGUGUUGUGUAAGAUAAGCUGUCUUUCCAGAAUAUCAAGCACUAGGCAAUAAAAAUCAUGCACAUUAAAAGAUGCAUAUGCCACUUCCUAAGGCUAGCAUGCAGAUUAUUUCUUGAAAGGCGAAGGAAAUAAUGCGAGGAGUGAUCUGUUGUUUGAUUAUGUGCCUCGUUAUCACACCUUUUUUAACUAGAGCAUGGAUUAAAAUUGAUUAAGUAUGCAGGUGCACGAGUAAUGAAGCCUACAAGUAAUAUUGCUUCACACUUACCCUGUUACUCUCUUGUGUGUAGCUUUGCCAGGAAGACUGAAUCACUUGGCUUGCACUUCACCGAACUUUAAUUUAUUAGCUUUUCAACAAGUUUAAUUAGAGAUGUGCAAUAUAAAAAAUAAUAAUCCCUUCCAUGCUCAUGGGUGAUGGAGUGGCAAAGAAUUUAAUGGGAGGAGGAGGAAGAGGAAGAAGACUAGUUGCACUCAUUCCGGCUAAGAGAAUUGCAGUUCCUGGGACUCCCAGAGAUCCAGAGUUGGUACCCCUCCAAAUGUUAUUGGAUUCCACAUGCCACCAUACCAUAUGGUUGGUCUUGGAGACCCCAGGUUCUCCAUCUCUGCUGUCACUCACGGUCCUUGUCCUCACACUCUUUUUCCUGGGUUUUGCAUUUCACUUAACCGAUGCUGUGUAUGUGCAGUUGCACCCACGCCCUUGCAUGCACCUUGGAUCAAUAUGAAAAUGGCAGUGUUGUGAGUUUUCCCCUCUGUGCCAUCUGGUACAACUUGUCCUGUAUUUUGAUGUCAUUGAGCUGUGCCUUUCCUUGCUUCACAGGAUUGGCCGGUGUGGGGCAGGAAGCACACAGUGUAACAAUGUGAGGACGCUGGGCAAAUUGUGCUAUGCAUUAUAAAGCUGGAAGAAAGAUUCUGUGUUUGGCGGCACCUCCCUUUUUUUGUCCGUUCACCCAAAGCAGAACUAAAUCUUACAGAGGGCUUCUGGGCGGGGACUUAAUGUUGUAAGUAGGUUGUUCAGAAAUUACAAUUGGGUUGUUGUCAACAGUUUUGGGUUUUUUUAAUAAGGAGCCCGCCCCCCCGAAGGGUAAAUGCAGGUUAGAGGGGGGAGAAUAUACAGUCUAGCAUUUUGAUGCCAAUGACAUUGUGCAAAAAAAA